AUGUGGAGCGGCACAGUGACUUUAUGCCAGAUCUGUUGGUCCAUGCCAGCUCGUGCCAGAGCGCCGCUGCUGUUCGCUGACAGGAAGGUGAAGCUGGCCCAGUGGAGCUGCCCUCCAUCUGCUCUGGUGGCUCCUGAGCUCACAAAGUCUCUCAGUGCCUCGUCCUUCAGCCACAGCCCUGACAUCACAUCCUCUGCCUGUGCUCUGACCCCUGCCCCGGACAGAGCUAAGUUGGCCUGUCCCUCGUGUGGUGUGUUAGCUUCUGAAAACGGGGCGGUUCACAAAAACAGCUGCUCAGAUCCUGAUCACAAAACCGUCAAAAGCAAGGGACCACCUGGCAGGAGUCCCAAGACCCUUAAUGGCCUGUUAAGCCCUCAUCUGGAGCAGCCGCUGACACACAGCCAGACCUCUCUGUGCGAGAUGCUGCAGGAAAAGGAGAAGAAGUGGCCCGGAGGCAGCAUGGGAACCAUGGACCACUCCGCCCUCAUCCCACUGCGCUCCAAAAACUUCCGCGAGAGGAGCGACGCUCACUUCGUGGAUGUGAUAAAAGAGGACAGUCUGAUGAAAGAUUACUUCUUCAGACCGCCCAUCAACAAGUUGAGCCACACUUUCAUAGACAAAUCCCUGGAGUCGGCUUACAGAACCAGCUACCAGGAUGAGGUUAAGACACAGGCUCCUGUCCAGACGUUUGCCAGUCCAACGUUCAGCUCUUUUCUAGACAUGCUGCUGUGCUGUUGUGUUCUGCUGGCUCUCUCUGUGGCCUGCCUCCUGCGACCGCUGGUUACCCAGCAGCCCCUGCCCACACCGGCCCUCAUAGUGGCCGCAGUUGCAGCUGUGCUUGAAUGUUUGGCCCUAGUGCUGGCUGUACGGCGAGCCUUUUACCUGGACAGAGUGCUGAACUGCACCAGGACCCUCCUCUGGGCCAUUUCCGGCUGGGUUCCCCGUCACAUGAUCGGAGCAGUGCUGGUGUCUUUACCCGCCUUGGCUGUGUUUUCUCAUAUCACCUGCAAUAUGCAUGACUCCAUACAGGGUCACAUAUGA